AUGUUCGCUCGUACCAGCACUCGUUUCUAUUCGAAAGCGAAUCAAAGCCUCCGAGCGCUACUCAACAAGGAGCUUGAAGGUAUCAAGGCGGCUGGCACGUUCAAAAAUGAGCGAAUCAUUGUCGGACCACAAGGCGUUCUGGACAAUCCAAACCGGUUCUUAAUUUCUGCGCCAACAACUAUCUCGGACUCAGCAGCCAUCCUGAGGUCAUCAAAAGCCGGUCAAGAUGCAUUGGCUAGCCAUGGUGCAGGUCUGUCUUCGGUGAGAUUCAUCUGUGGAACGCAGGAUAUUCACAAGCAACUCGAGGCUAAAAUCGCACAGUUCCAUGGUAUGGAAGAUGCGAUUCUGUAUGCUGCCUGUUUUGAUGCCAAUGGCGGUAUAUUUGAAGUGCUAACAGACCCGAACGACGUGAUCAUUUCCGACGAGCUGAACCACGCCUCCAUCAUUGAUGGCAUCAGACUGAGCAAGGCCAAGAAGAUGCGGUUUAAGCAUAUGGAUGUGGCCGAUCUGGAGGCAAAGCUGAUGGAAAGUAAAGAAGCACGCCAACGCGUUAUUGUAACUGAUGGAGUAUUUUCUAUGGAUGGUGAUGUUGCACCGUUGAAGGAGAUCUGCGAUCUAGCCGAUAAAUAUAACGCUAUUGUGUUUGUUGAUGAAUGCCACGCCAGCGGAUUUUUCGGCCCCACAGGAAGAGGCACUGAAGACGCUUUAGGGAUGAAAGGGCGCGUCGAUAUCAUCAACUCGACAUUAGGCCCCAAGCCACUGAUUGACCUUCUCAGACAGAGAUCCAGGCCGUAUCUUUUCUCCAACUCUCUAGCUCCAAGCAUCGUUGGCUCCAGUAUCAAAGUUUUCGACCUCCUCAUGAACGACCCCUCGUUCAUUGGUUCAUUGAAAACAAACGUUCAGCGAUUCAGGUCUAAAAUGACUGAACUAGGCUUCAAAGUCCUCGGCAACGACAGUACACAUCCUAUCUGUCCGGUUCUUUUGGGAGACGCCAGACUGGCUUCCGAAAUGGCUGACGCCCUACUCAAGAAAGGGAUCUACGUGAUUGGUUUCAGUUACCCAGUGGUUCCCACUGGAAAGGCCCGCAUCAGAGUUCAGUCGGUGACAUUUAACUCUUUUUAG